UGCUGUAUAAUGGUGACGUCAUGACCAUUAGACAUGGCGGACAUUUCGUUCAAAGCGAAACGACUAGCCAAGAAUUAUUUCCAAGCACAAAAGUGUUCAUUAUGCGAAUGAAGCUCUAAAAGGCAUGGCAGGGAGCAUUAACAGUCUUGUACCUUUAUCCUCUGACGAAAAUGACUCGAAAAACGAUGUUCUGUGUAUUGUUUACGACGAAACUUCCUUGACGUUUGACCAGCGUUCCAAAUACAAUUUUAAUUUUCCUCGCUCGACAUCUAUCCUCGAAUUGUACAAGAAAACAGCAGAGGAGUUUGGCUACGACCCAGAAAGCUUCCUGCUUGUUUGGAAAAGCGCGAAGGCAGGCCAUGAAAGCGAAGAACGAGAAUUGACAGACAAUGUAGAAAGCCUACAACUGGAAGAGGUUUGCCAACCACCGGAAAAGAAGAAACACCAAUUUUAUCUUAGAAAAAAGAAUGGUAACCCCCCAACUCGUGUUAAGCCUCCUGCUCAGGAUAAGAAACCUGUGGAAAAUGCUGCGCUAGAGGACAACAGUAUAAGCAACAUGUUCGAAGCUGAUUCUUCAAAUACAACGUCGAGUACUUCUUACUAUGGACCCUAUAAUAACACAAAUUCCUUCAAUAGCUGCAGCGACCUUUCCAAAUCAGAAACUGGCUAUGUUGGUCUUGUCAAUCAAGCAAUGACUUGUUACCUGAACAGUCUUCUUCAAACAUUAUAUAUGACACCCGAGUUUAGGAAUGCAAUAUACAAAUGGAGAUACAAAGGCAGUCAAGAGGAGGCCGAAAAAAGCAUUCCUUAUCAGCUACAGAAACUAUUCGUACAGCUCCAAUUUAGUGGUAAGAGAGCUGUGGAAACAACUGAUGUGACAAAGAGUUUUGGAUGGGACAGCAGUGAUGCCUGGCAACAACACGACGUGCAGGAGUUGUGCCGAGUUAUGUUUGAUGCUUUGGAAACGGUCUUUAAGAAUACGGAUCAGGCACAACUCAUCAACCAUCUUUACCAAGGACAGUUGAAAGAUUAUGUCAAGUGCCUGGAGUGUGAAUACGAAAGUGCAAGAAUUGACAAGUUUUUAGAUAUUCCUCUGGUCAUAAGACCGUUUGGUGCCAAUGUCCCUCACGAGAGCGUGGAAGAAGCCCUGGAUUCAUUUGUAAACCCAGAGACACUUAAUGGAAACAAUCAGUACAAAUGUGACAAGUGCGACAAGCUUUGCGACGCACACAAGGGUCUAAAAUUCUGCAAGUUCCCGUACAUCAUGAUGCUGCAAUUGAAGCGGUUCGCGUUCGACUACAAUCUCCUACAUCGCAUUAAACUGAAUGACAGGAUGUCAUUUCCACAACUUCUAAAUCUCAACAAAUAUAUUUAUCCCAACGACGAAUUGCUAAAUUUAAUGGACAAUGACGACAAUCUUUCCCCGAAAAGUGAUUCGCCGAGCUCCAUUGAGACUGAGACGGACAGCGGUGUUAGCCUGACGUCAUCGGAGAACGAUACCUCCUCAGAGGAUGCUCUCAAUGACGUGUCAAUGGACGUGAACGAGGGGUCUGCCGCCGGCUGUGCCGAUUCAGAUAACUUUGAAGAAAAUGAUUGUACACAAGACAUGAAGGGGCCUGAGGGGUCGUUUGUGUAUAAACUUUUCUCCAUCAUGAUCCAUUCGGGAAGCGCCAUUGGAGGCCAUUAUUACGCUUACAUAAGGUCUUUUGAGGAUGAUCAAUGGUAUAGUUUCAAUGAUCAAACGGUGUCCAAGAUAACCGAAAGCGAUAUAGAGCGUACAUUUGGUGGAUCUUACACGUCUAACAAAAGUUAUUAUUCAUCAACAUAUUCAAGCUCUGCAAACGCAUACAUGUUGAUCUAUCGUCAAAUACGCCCAGACAACCGUAUUUUUUUACAAGAGAACGAGCUGCCACAACACGUAAAAAAGCUGGUCGCCAGUCUGGGUAAGGAAGAACUACGAGAGAAAGAACUCAAGGAAUUUAAACACAACAUGUGUAAAAUCAAGCUUUUCUGUUUUCACGAACAAUGCAAAAUGUCGAGCGCAAACUUCGAGAUUCACAAGGGGAAAACGCUAAGAGAAGCUACGGAGAAAGCCCGAGACCUGUUCGAUCUGGAGGAUGUGGUAUCUUUGGAGAACUGUCGAAUUGUAAAGUACGACGAAUACAACGAACACAUAGAGCUAUCCUACGAUGGGCAAGAAGAGUGGGAUAUGGACGCGGUAUUAGGCGGAGCUCACUCGAUAUAUCGCUUUGAUCUUUUGCUCGAAAUAAAACGCGAUGGAGAGGAAUUUCCUGUUUACGAAUCUGGAGCUGUAACGAUCAAGGCUCAUUUGGCAAACGUUUCAGAGAAUCGCGUUCUUCCCGCCUUCAACGUGCGCGUUUCGUGGACAGAUAGUUUGAAAACUCUCCAGGACAGUAUAAGAAAGAAGCUUCAGACAUCAUGCGAGUAUAUUGUCAUGGUGUGGGAGAGACAUUCUUCGGAAUUCUACGAACUGAAGCCGAGUUCCGAGAAAACCUUAAAAGACGAGAGUUUUUUCAAAAAGAACAAGAUAUUUGUUCAGUGUACGGAUGAUGAACCGGGUGAAACUCUGGAUGAAAAAUUAUUACAAGUAUUGGAUUAUUUCUCAAAUUCUAUUACGCUGGAAGUCCAUCUGCCUCAAGAUGUAUAUACCACGCAACAACGUGUUUCGGAGAUCAGCAUUCAUAAGGAAACGACUUUGGGCGAAUUUAAACGUAGUUUGGAACAGGAAAUGGGCUGCUCGUCGGAAAUGUUCAAGGUAUUUCGCGUAUAUUCCACGAAUCAAGAAACGGAAAUGGAUCGUUUGAACGACACCUUUUCCAUUGUUCCCGACAAAAGCAAGAUACGUAUCAAACAUGGACGUGCAUUGAAAACAGGAGAAUUUAGAGCGAAAAUUUUCUUGUUCAGACUCAACGAAGAGCAGCACACGGAGUUUCUAAUCGAAAUUAUUCUUUCAAAACGUAUGAAAAUUUACGAGACAAAAGUCGCGCUUAUCGAAGAAUUGACUAAAAGUUCAAAAAAGACAAUUCCACUAGAGCGCAUGAGACUGCGCAAGAAAUCGUGGAAAUCACCUGGUCGCGUUUAUCAAAAUCACCAGGUGUUAGACGACGUCAUAUUGACUUUCAGCUCAUGCGAGUUUUUCGUCGAGGAACUGGAAGGAAGAGAACCUGUCGAGAGUACGAAUAGCAUUGUAUACUUCGUUCGAAGAUGGCGUCCUUCCACGUACGUACUUGAUGCAUUGUGGGAACUUGUGUUGGAUUCAUCAGCCACAAUCGACGAUCUCAAAGCACAGAUGGCUCAUCACGAUGAAAUAAAUACCGAAAACAUUGAAGUCGCCAAGGGGCGCGGUUCAUUCCCGUUUUCGAUUUCUACUCUCGACAUUCAUGAAGAUUUGGAAUGGAAUCCCGAAGGCGAUAAAUUAAAACAUUAUCCUCUGAUGGUUACUGACGACGGUGCCAUGUUCUAUUACAGGGAUAAAACUGAAGAAUUGAUGGAACUGACGGAAGAUAAAAAGAAAGAAAUAAAAAAGGCAGAGGACGCUAAAUCACUUUCUAGUGCUACUAAAUCGUCGUACAAACCAAAGGAAAAAGCUCUGAAGAUAUACACUGAUAGAUAAGCCAUAUGUUAACCUUGUCGUGCAAUCAACUUGGCAAGGGAAUUGUGAUCGUUACUUGCAUUCGAUCUUUUGCUGGAAGGUCUUCGGUCAUUUUUUACUCCAUAACAAACAAGGAGUGAGCUCUAUGUUAUAUAUAUAUAUAUAUGCAACUAUUUGUUUUGAUGUGUGUAGAUUUUGCUUUAACACAUUGGCCUGUUAUAUAGUCGGAUGUGGUAAAGACAAGUCCUGAUAUGCAAGCGAUGCUCUAUUCGAAAUCGAUUUUUCCGUAAUGAAAAGAUCAUCGCGUGUUGUAAAUUUUGAACGACGUAAUCUACAAUCGAUCUAAUGAUCUAUUUAAUAAGAAAUCCUCGAAACAUUUCGUAUAAUUUCAUACUUUUUCGUUCGCGCGUUUAUAUAUGCACAAUACACAACACAUAAAGCCCUUACGGAGACUGCUGACUAGUGAUGUAGUUGUGUUGUGGCUGGAAAAUUUACUUAUAAGGCCAGUAAUUAAGCGCAGUUAACAUUGACUUCAUUUUGCCUGCAGAAUUGUAAAAAAAAUUUUUCACCACAUA